UCUGAAAAGCAAAGCAAGUGCUGUAAGUGAAUUAUUCUUGCAUUUUGGUGUUUAUUGGUAAAUUUAUGGGAGUCCUGGCAAACAAUCUACUUUACAUCAUACUUAGAAAUAUAAUCCUUCAGUUUGUACAUACUGAUGGGUCUACAACUCAAAUUCUGGGGAGGAGGGAAUAGAUACAAUAACGUCAAAUGUAUCAGACAUCUACAUUCAAGAGACGAAGCAACUGAAGAUUGAGUAAUGCAAUGUUUUGCAUUUGUAGCAAUAGGCUACAGUUUCCUAUGAAAUGACCCAUCUCUGUCAGUUCAUAGAGAAGCUAAAUGUUGCAAGCAUCUCUUGAUAGGUGGAAGCACAAAACAUUCUCCUUGCUUGGGCUCCUGUUUUGCUACUGCUUUGACCACUAAGGAAGUUAUGUCCUCCUUCUUGCAUCUAAAAGUUCUCCCAAGGCCAAAAGCAGAUACAGUACUGGGACAGCACGAAGCUGAGGGACUGCUCCUGAUGUUGCCUUUCCUUGUGCCAGAGCCCUGGAAAGCCAGUCUGGCAGCAGAUAUAUUUCAUCAGCUAUUGCUGUGGUUAGAUGUGCAGUUAGAUGUGUUCAAAGAGGUACAACUUCCCAUCCCACUUCAUACUUUUUAAGACUUUUAUCUCAGUGCUCAGUCAAACCCUCUGCCUCUUUCUCCUUUCCCUUCCCAUGGCAAAUCUGACCUGGUUUGAGAUUUUAGGAAAUAGCAAAAUUGAUUUUAGCCUCCACUGAGGUUCAGCCAGAUCUGGCUCUGGGGCUCCACAUCACUUAUUCCAUUCUCAUGGCAUCAGAGGAGAGGACCUGGCAAAUUGCAGCAAGGAAGGGUGACAGGCACUCCAGAUUAAGUCCUUCCUCCAGAAUUAAUAGGUCUGAAACAAUAGCUGUUAAUCUUCUUUAAAGACCUGGAGUGAAGCAGGAGCAAAACAGCUUGCUUAUCAUUUAAGUGAUAUUCUGGUCAUGUUCCAAGUGAUAUACUCUAGAAGAAAAGAAUUCACGCCCGCUGAAAACUUUGAGGACCUGAAAUCAGUUUCUAGACUGCAGAAUAUGACACAGAGGCAGUUGCCAGACUGAUCAGUUCAAUUCAAUCCAAUAUUAGAAGUAUUUCAGGACUACAUGACAAUCUCAGAUAAUAACAGGAGUCACAACUAAUUGACAGUUGAAGAAAUGUAAUAGUUAAUUCAUUAGUGUUCUCUCUUAGCUCCUCAUACUUACAGUGCUGAAAACAAGGAGAGUUGGGUAUUCUGGUUCUGGGUUGAAUGCAAUAGCUCAGCUUUCAAGAGAAAUCAAGUUGGCAAUUUCAGAGUACUCAUUUUAUGCUUGAUCUUUUACUUUUGUUUGAGAAUCCAACCAUUCUCUCUUCUGGGGAGGCAACAUUCAUGACCAGAGACUAGUGAGCAGCACAUUCAUCUUUCUAAGGAUCAGAACAUGAAAGAUAUCUAGCCUGGAUGAAGGCAGAAGUACAAGCUUGUCUUGCCAUGACAGGCAAAGCGUGUUUUCACUGUCUGUGGUAUCUAUUUUUCAAUUUGUAUAGGACUGUUCAACUUUUCUUCCAUAAUUUGCAGGUGUAUGAAACUGUCCAUGUCAAGAUUAAUUAUUUCAAGGAAUCGCUGCAAGCAUUAGUGUUUACUGUUUAUUCUUAUAAACAAUAGAAAUUUAUAAAUCCCAGUGCAAAACCUAAUCCUGUAUCUGUAUAAAUGAAAACUGCUGUCCUACAUGUUUUAUGUUCUGCGAACAGCAAGUAAUACCAUCCCCUUUCAGCCACGAGGUUCCUGUGAUGGUAUCUUUGUCGUAGGCAGGGUGAUUAAUGCUGUACCUAUACUCUCCAGGAACAGAGGGACUUUGGAGGAUCUAACAAUUGGGAACUAGCAUUAAAUAAUUUGAAAUCUGUUAAAAUUAGAAGGAAGGGGAAAAGAAGAAGAAAGUGAGAUGAAUCUGGGUAAACAUCACAGAGUAGAAUUAAUGACAAGCAGGCAGGCAACAGGACCCAGCUGAAUCCCAGCCUCUGGAUCUCUAGCUCAUCACAUGCUGCUGGAAACCACCAGAGGAACACAGGGGAAAGAGGAUGAAGUCAUUGUCCCAUACACAUUUCAGCUGAUUGCAGGAGCACUCAGACAAAAUCAGCUUGGAGAGAAAGAAAGAUGUGUUAAAGAGUGUAUUGUCUUGACAGAGCUAUAAGUAGCCUAUUUCUGAAGAAUGGCACUGAGCGACCUCCUUUACCCAGAUAACCCCAAGAGAAGGCAAGAAUUGAUCCAUCUGCACCAGGAAUUGCUCGACUGCAUGUCCACAAAUUUCUGUGCAACAAAUGAACUAGCUAGAGUGCUGAAUGAACACCUGGGCUGUACCAUUACCCACAUUCAGAUGAGAGAGAGCAGCACUGUCAAGGAAAACUGUGACAUUAUCAUUCAAGCGAUGAGUGAGAUUCAGUGUCAGGUACAGAAGAUUGAUAGUGACAUGAGAGAAAAGCUAGAGCCUGUGUUGUACCAGAAGCUGUAUGACAUCAAAGAGCCUGAGCUGGAGAAAAUUGCAAUAGCCCAUAAAGUUUUUUCCAUUAUUCUUGGAGAGGCAACUUCAACAGCUGGGAUGGUAGCUAUCAAACUUCUUGGGUCCAGUCUUAUAACUCUCACUGUGAGCAAGCUCGUCAGUCUCCUUGCACAGAUCGGGGCAUCUGUUCUUGGAGGAAUCAGCAUCACCAUUCUUGGGCUUGGCAUUGAAAUGAUCCUCCACGCCAUCCUGGGAGCUGUGGAGAGGAAUCAGCUUCUGACAGCUGUGAGAAGCUACGAGAAGCACCUGGCUGAGUUUAAAGCUGCCUCAGAAAAAUACCAGCGCAUCAUACGUGAAGUGACUUCUUUGGUGAGACAGCAGGUUCAGUGAAUUGGAGUUCUCUCCCCUGCUGUGACAGUGGCUGCAGUGAGUAUGCCUGCAGAAACCUUUUUGAUUCAUUAUGAUAAAUAAACUACCAAUGGCUUUUUUUCUUAUUAGUGGCAGCAGAACAAGAGAUGUGACAGAACAGGGAAUUGGCACCAAAAUAUAUUAAUAGGGAAGUGGUUUAUAGGUGCUUCUGGGAGGCAACGCUUCAAAUACUUCGCAGCUUUCCUUCAGCUGUUUUCUGGAAUAUAUUGUAGAUAACUUUGAACUGCAGUUCCUGCUACUGAUAAUAAUAUUCACUGCUGGAGCAAUAGGGGUGAGGUGUGACUUUUUUCUUACUGUGUUUCUAUAUCAAAGAUGACAACAUGAUGGGAGAAAACAAUUUCAAUAAGCCAGUCCAUGUCAUUUGGAGGGCUCAUCAGGACAGCUGUGGUUGCUCAAAUCUUAGUGUGGAUUAGUGCUAAAUCUGGUAGACUGAAUUCCCUGUUCACUGAACUGCUUACAAGGACUAGCUGAAGCAUAUUCAACUGCUAUUUUCUGUCCCAUCCCUGCCUAGGGAGACAGCUAGAGAUCUUUAAAUAAACUCUAAUCCCAGUAGAUUAGCAGGUAAGAGAAGCAUAGGCCUACAGGCAAACACACACAACAUUGCCCCACAACAGAGAGAAACCAGCUGUAGUGUUCCAGGCAUGCCUGGCUGUGAAUAACCUCUUGUGCUCAGUAAUACCCCACUCCUGUCAACACACAGGUAAAUAUUUCUGUGCGCAGUUGCUGAUCUGUUGAUUGAAAUGGGAUUAUACACGUGUACAAGCAUCUAUAGGAUUGUAGCCCUCUAAUACACUAAAUUUAUUUCCAUGUGCUUUACCUGAUCCCAUUAAUGAGGAACUGCCAGGAGUGUGCUCAGAUUCUGCAUUUCACAAUAUGCUACCAAAUAUCCUUAUUUUUCAGAUUUUAAAAACAAAGCUGGAAGUAAGAACAUGAUUUGCAGUCUCUUGCUCUGCCUUUCUGUGGUUUGCUUUUUGUGCUUUGAUCUUUGGGGGAAAAAAAAAAAAGGUGAUUUAAGAAUUAAUAAAAAUGUACCUGAAUAUUGUAAGACCUCUCUUUCCUGAACUUGGUUUGUUUUUUUUUUUUUGUUUUUUUGUUGCUGUCUGAAAACCCAAUCUUAAACCAAAUAAUGAAAAAAUAUUAAAA